AUAAAACUGCUGCAUUUUGAGUUGCAAAAUCAGCUCAUGGCCUCCAAAGCUUUCUUGCUAGCGGUGAUGGUCGCUGCAGCAAUGGCAGCCCCUGCUUUCGCAGUCGAUUACGUUGUUGGAGACGAUAAUGGUUGGAAACUAAACGUCAAUUACAGUGCGUGGGCACAAGACAAAGUGUUCUACGUCGGAGACACAAUUACUUUUAAGUAUGCUGUGGGAGAUCAUAAUGUGUACAAAGUGAACGGAAGCGACUUCAAAUCAUGCACGGUGCCGCAGCCGGGGGAGUCUCUGAGAAGUGGUAAUGACAAAAUUACCCUCGCGACCCCCGGGAGAAAGUGGUACCUAUGCGGUGUUGGCAAUGGCACACACUGUGAAAACGGGAUGAGGCUAGUCAUUAACGUCUUUUCCGGCGCCCCUACUCCUGCUCCUGCUCCUGCUGUUGAACCGUGGCCGAUUUACAAUGCUCCUUCCUUGCCGCCGAUGUACGGUGCUCCUUCCCGGCCGUUUUACGGUGCCCCUUCCUUGCCUCCGAUUUACGCUGCUCCUUCCCCGCCGCCGGUGUACGGAGCUCCGGCGAAGAAGCCGAUGAGCGUUUGGAGCAACUGGAAGCUCAAAUUUCACUUUUAAAUCCAUUUUCAUGACAUCUCUAAAUUUCAAUUCUAGCUACCUACUUUAUUGUUACUUGUUUAUUUAUUUUCUUUUUGUUUUGUUUUGUUUUGUUUCGUGUCAUGCAACUUUAUCCGAUGGGAGCAAGUGUUGUAUCUCAAUUCAUAUGUAUUUUAAUAAUAUAAAUAAAAUUUAUUAGGACUAUCCAGACUUUUCUAAUCCCCUUACAUAUAUCCAAAUAAAUUAAAGUAGAACUUUAGUGAUCCCCAUUUUUCAUUUUAAAUCUACACUUGUCAGUUGUCCCCUUUUAUGUAAGUUAAAAUUAAUUCUUGUGAUUUGAGGGAUUAGCACGCUGAUGAAAACUUGGAAAAUAACGAGGGUUUAAUUUGUGAUAACGAGGUGCUAUUCUAGAAACUAAUUACUAAUUGAUUAAACAAAAGAGAUGAAAAAUUUGUAGCAAUAUAAGCAAACAAAGAAAUUAGAGUGCAAGCAUUGAAAGGGCAAGCAAAUUUUCCUCAUCUGCCCGCCUCUCGUAGCCUAAACGCAUCGCCCUCCGCCAACCGUCCAACGCUACCCGUCUCACCCGAAACAUCAACACCCGCAGUGCGUCGGCCAUGUCCCAGCAGAUCUCCCGGAGCGGCCCGUAGCUGAAGCCGAACUUCACCGCGAAUGGCCAAAGCAAAGACACCAUCAGAAGCGGAGCCGCCCCGCCGAGCUUCGUUAGCGGCAGAACCACCACCGCCAAACCCAUCUCUAUAAAUUAAUGCAUGGUCUGCUUGUACAUAUAUACCGACUAUAAAUAGAG